UAGAUGCGGUGGGGAAAAGUGUUUGCUGGCGUUACGUCUGCGUCGCAGUCUCGCUAUAGAAGCAGUAGCAGCAACACCACACAACAGACAGACCUGAUAUUCAAACUAAGGUGUGAACAUGAUGACGGUAGCUUCACCGACUCUGGAACCGGACCUACUCCGGGAAGUCCUUGAGUGCCCCAUCUGCCUGGAGACUUACAACCAGGAGCAGCUGCGUCCCAAGCUUCUGCAGUGUGGCCACACUGUGUGCACACAGUGCCUGGAGAAACUGCUGGCUAGCACCAUCAACGGUGUGCGCUGCCCCUUUUGCAGCAGGGUGUCCCGCAUGAGCAGCAUCACCCAGCUGGCAGACAACCUCACUGUGCUCAAGAUCCUGGACUGUGCCAACUCCUGCACAAACUCUGACGCACUCAUGUGUAAAUCCUGCCGGAACCGCCUCCCUCGACAGUACUGCCUGGACUGCAGUACAGUACUCUGCAACCUCUGCAAAGGUGAGGGACACCAACAGCAGGGCCAUGCUGUUCAGCCCAUUCGGAUGGCUGCUGAGCAGCGUCGGAAAGAUCUGGGCAAUAAGCUGUUGUCCCUCCGUGAAGCUAUAGACCACAUCCAGAAGAAGAAGGCGGCUAUCGACAGUAUGGCAAAGAAUAUGCGGGUCAAGUACCGAGCUGUGCAACAGGAGUAUGGCCGGGCUGAGCUGCGUCUGCAGGAGGAGCUUGGCCGCCAGCGGCGGACUUUCGCCGCGUCCCUGGCUGAGGUGGAAAAGCUGAACGGACAGAUCCUGGAGGAGCAGACGUACCUGCUGAACUUGGCCGAGGUGCAGGUUAUAUCCCGCUGUGAAUACCUCACCAUACAGGUGAAGCAGAGCGACAUAGCCUUGCUGGAGGAGGACGGAACAGGCAGCGUUGAGGAGGAGCUGGACCUGAGCAGCCUUGACCUGCCUACACUGCUCAAACUCCAGGACCCCGAGCUUGUUAUGAUAGAACAGCCAGAGUCCCUGGGCGUGGCCCAGCUAACCACCAAGCCUUGCACCAUGAAUGCUGAUGAGGAGGAAGGGCUGCUGGAGUUUGGAGUUGUGUCUGGUGGUGGUGCCAUGUGUGGGAAGGUGAGGGCUGCAGGGCCCCUGGAUGUGUACAGAGACAUUCACAUGGUUAUGUCUCUUGAAGAGGCUGUGUGUGCCUCACCAGGCAGCUUUAAGUCUAAGUCCAUGGAUGAAGGGGGACCCUCUUCGCCCGGUGGUGCCGUGGCCAAGACGGACCCUGGGCCACAGCACUGUCAAUUUGUAAAGAAGAUGGGUUGCAAAGGCAACCUGCCAGGGAUGUUCAACCUGCCGGUUAGUAUCUGUGUCACCCCGCAGGGCGAGGUCCUGGUGGCCGACCGGGGCAACUACCGCAUCCAGAUAUUCAACCGCAAAGGAUUCCAGAGGGAGAUCCGCCGCAACCCCAGCAGCAUAGACAACUUUGUGCUGAGCUUCUUGGGAGCUGACCUGCCCAACCUUAUCCCACUGUCUAUUGCCAUUACUCCUCAGGGCCUCAUCGGUGUCACUGACAACUAUGACAACUCAGUCAAAGUGUACACUACUGAUGGCCACUGUGUGGCCUGCCACAAGAACCAGCUAAUCAAGCCCUGGGGUAUUGCUGCAUUGCCCUCGGGUCAGUUUGUUGUUUCAGAUGUUGAGGGUGGCAAGCUCUGGUGCCUGGCAGUGGACCGCAAUGUGGGUGUGGUCAACUACAACCGCCUAUGCUCAGCUGUGCGGCCAAAGUUUGUGACAUGCGACGCAGCUGGCACUGUUUACUUCACCCAAGGGUUGGGACUGAACAUCGAGAACCGCCACAAUGAGCAUCACCUGGAGGGGGGCUUCUCCAUCGGCUCAGUGGGUAUGGACGGUCAGCUGGGCAAACAGCUUAGCCAUUUCUUCUCGGAGACGGAGGACUUCCGUUGCAUCACAGGCAUGUGUGUGGAUGCCAAUGGGGACCUGCUGGUGACUGACAGCGGCAGGAAGGAGAUCCUGCAAUUCCCCAAAGAGGGAGGCUUCAAUGUGCUCAUCCAGGAGGGACUGACCUGCCCUGUGGGCGUUGCCGUCACGCAAAAAGGACAGCUGAUGGUGUUGGACUGCUGGGACCACUGUGUGAAAGUCUACUCGUACCUACAAAGAAGACGUUCCUCCACCUGCUAGGGAAAGACACUACAAAUCCAAUAGUGUCCUUGUGUGUGAAGACAGUAGGAAACUGUCAAUAUGUCACUUUAAUAAUAAUGGCUGCAUUCCAAACAACUAUUGUUCUUCCAUGAUCUGAUCUCUGGUAAUGUUUAGUUCAUAAUAAGCCACUAUUUUAUUCAAUGACCCCAAGGAAGUGGAACUGGGUAGGAGCAAACUGGAACCAAUACUGUAUCUAUAUACCAUUCACGCUGCCUCAGUGGAAUUUAUGGAUCACUGCACUAAAGCCUGCAAUAAUGCAUUAGUUGUUGUCACAUUCGGGGUAGGGGAAACCAUGUAAAUCAACAUGUGAAACUGUUAUAUGUCAAAUGAUAUACUGUAAAACAAAUGGCGUGUGACAGUUACUAAGCCAGCUAAUGAUGUGGUAAAAAAUACAAAAAUGAGAGUGUGAAUUAGAAUGCUUAUUAUAUAAUGUCUUUGGAGUUGCUAACUGGAGUUUUGUACUCCCACGGCCUCUGUCUUCAACCUGCCAAUGAGUGAAGCCUACAAAUCUAGGAUCACUGCAUCUUUCCUCAAGGCUAACUUUAACUACUACAAAAAAUAUUAAAUUACCUUGGAUCAGUUUCCAGGGGCACCUUCUUACUAUUCUGUAACUUCCGACUACAUAUCCGUGGUUUGCAUAACAAUAAACCUUGUUUAUUAUUCUGAAGUGAAAAAUAAACAAAAUAAAAUGAAUAGAUAAAAUUCAGAUGAGGUGUUAUUUGUUCAGGGACUGUUGUUUAUUUCUUACUAUAUUUGCUGAUUAAUUAAAGGAUUUAUGUGUUAGAUUUCAUGGACGGCUAACUUUGUUAAUGCAACAGCCUGUCACUAGCAAUUUCUAUUUCAAACUUAACUGACAUAUUACUACAUAGAUUACAAACCUUACUUUUACAUGAUUUACAGUAAAAAAAAGACAACUUUGAAGACAAAAAAAUCAAGUGUCCUUGUUUUAAUGUGAUGAUCAACAAGCCUGUUCGGCUCUCUCUCAGAACGGUGAUUGUUCAAUAGACUUAACUGGAGGUUAUCUGUCUAUGUAUUUCAUUACAUUUAAUAGCCUAUUUCCUCUUUGUAGGUUAUUUGUAAAUAUUGGGUCCUCUCUUCUUUUUCUGUGUUUAGCAAACCUUGGUGUCUUUAAGACGUUUUGCCUUUUGUGGGAGGCUGUAACUUUAAAAUAUGUAACUAUCACAUUAGAUGAGUUUCUGUGUAAUGUGUGUCGCAAUUUCAUGUUUGUAAUGUUGAUUACCUAUUAAGUGCAAUAAAUCCAUCAUUGAUAAA